AAGAUUAUAGUGCAAACAAGAUCUGGUUUAUUAGAAUACAACUUUUUUGUGCCUGUCCUCAUCAGAAGAGUUAAAAAUGAAACAGCAUGUAACAACUCAUAUUUACCACCUCUAGUGGCUUUAGUGGUUAUUACAGCUACAAAGGAGGAAGUGAGGAGGAGUGGAAUAAAGAGUGAAAAGUCAGUGCAGGGAGGACGUUAGGGAUGUACAACUGGACUUUCAUUCAGGAUACAGAUGUUCAUGUCCCAUGUGAAACCACAAAACGGCACUGAGUUCUUCUAAUGUGACGUCACAUACAUGAGGUUGGGUAAGUCAUCAGGAAAUGUGCUUUUUGUAGGUUUAUAAGUGAUUUCAAAUCAAACCACACUAUUUUCCCAAACCCGACCAAGCAGUUUUUUGUUGCCUAAACCUACAACUGCAACUGUGACAAAAGUCCAGUGCUUGUGUCACUGCUAUGCUGCAACAUUCAUGUAGUUUGGGGACACACUGACAAAUCGACCGAUUCAGUUUAGGUAUGGAUGCGUGGGCUAAUACCCAUUUAAUGAAAGGACAACACUCACUUGCUGCCAAAACAACCAGUCUCUAUGCAACCACAGUUCAGUUGUGCAAAACCAACAGUUGUUCAGAAGGCUCUGUAUGUAACAUCGAAGUCAGAUGUGAAGUGAGAGGAAGAAGUUGCCAGUGUCUUCUAUGGUGUCCAAACCAUUACACAUGCUGUUCCAGUGGUCUGCUCAAGGCUCUCAGACCCCCCCGCAAAAAAAAUCAAUGUAAUCUUCAGGUUAAUGGUAUUCAGUUAAUCAACAAAGUAUUUAAAAAUACAAAAAAAGAGAGAAAAGUUUGGGGUUACAUGUAUACAUUUAUAAAAGUGAGAAUCAUGUUUGCUCUUGGUUGCACAUUUCAACUGCCACGUGGAAUUGAAAAAAACAAACAAACAAACGCAAAGCUGGGGUCUUCUGGGAUUACAAGAAUGUGAAUUAAUUUCAAUAAUACAGCUUUUCAUCCCUCCUUCCCUGAUGAUGAUGAUGAUGAUGAUGAUGAUGAUGAUCUGAGGAAGAGGGGGAGGAGGAAGGGAGAGAGGGAGAAGGGGGGGAGGGAUAUCACCAGUAGGCUAAUAACCCCAGCCUCCUGCUGUCAGCGUCAUGAUCGCAGAAUGUACCGGGACCCCCUCACCAGCGGAGCCGCGUCGUGAUGACUGUCCGCGGGCAGAGAGCUGCAGCCCGGCGACGCUUGACAUUUCCUCCAUUCAGUAGUUGAUUUCUCCAAGCGGCGCGGUGUGAGAGCUGGAGACGAGGCACAAUUAUCCAAACACACACACUCGCACUCACACAUACACACAAACACACACACACACACACACACACACACACACACACACACACUGUCACACGCUCACAGGCUGCUUCUCUGGUGCGUACUUCGCUCCUGCGCGGCUUCACCUUGCUUUCCUUCCGGGGAUUUGAAACUUGAGGGACUUUACCGUCGCAAAGGCAGAGGACAAAAAAAGGCGGACUUGACGGACGGUGUCGGAGCGGUGAAUGUAGCGGCAGGCUGGGUGUCUGUCUGCGGGGCGCACAGCGGUGCUGCUGGACCAGCCGAGAACGCACCAAGUCCCCGUCCCACGUCCUCGUUGCUCCGCCGCCCCCCCCCUCACUCCGUCCCAGGUGUCCCGAACACGGCAACGAUGAUUCUCCUCGGGACCGUGCUCGCUCUUUUCCUCUCAGGUGUGUUGCCAUCCACAAAAUCCAUCUUCUCCUUCACUCCCUCCCCCACCGACUGUGUUGAAGCUCACCGGGUGUGCUCUGCUGACCCCCAGUGUGAGGCGCUGUACCGAGGCCUGGAGCUGUGUGCAGCUGAUGCGGAGAUGUCCCCGCUUGGGGAUCAGGCGGCUGCUGAGUGCCUGGAGGGACAGGACGCUUUGCUGACCAAACACCCCUCUCUGUCAUCCUGCAAGUGUCAGCGCGGCUUCCGCAAAGAGGAGCAGUGUCUGCGCAUAUACUGGAGGGUUCGCCUGCUGCCAGGGGAGGAGGAGCUGGAAAUAUCUCCCUAUGAUGACACGCUAAUGGAUACUCGCAUGGCCUCCUUAGUGGCAGCCUCCACUUUCAUGCAGCUGGAUGGUGAGAACCAGUGCCUGAAGGCAGCGCAGGACUGCGGCCUCUACGAGAAGUGUGGCUCUCUGCGAUCGGAGUACGUGCUGGCCUGCACCAAACGGAUGCCCGGGACCAGCCGAUGCAACCAGCACAAGUGCCACCGGGCCCUGCGGCGCUUUCUGGAGCGAGUGCCUGAGGAGUACAGCCUGGGUGUCCUGUUCUGCCCCUGCACCAACACACUGUGUGGUGAGAGGAGGAGGAAAACCAUUGUACCCUCCUGCUCCUACCAGGACAUGGAGGGUCUGCAGCCUAACUGCCUCCAUCAGCAGAGCUUCUGCCGCCGAGAUGACCUCUGCAGGUCCAGACUGGCUGAUUUCCUUAAUAACUGCCAGCCAUCUCCUCUGACGGCCAGCGGCUGUCUGAAAGACUCAGCAGGCCUGUGCCUCCGAGCCUACGCUGGACUCAUCGGAACCAUCAUGACCCCCAACUACAUCAGUAACAGCUCUGCAGAUGUGUCACUGUGGUGCAACUGUGAAGGCAGUGGAAACCAGUGGCAGGACUGCCUGAGACUGCAGCGCAUGUUCACCCACAACACCUGCCUGCGUAACUCUAUCACUUGGAUGGGGAGUCCCGGCUCCCUGCCUGCGGACACCACCAAGCCGCCUGCUCCCAGACCCUCCCCGAUCGUUCAGGAGGACGAGCUGCUGAGCAACAACCACCUGCCCGAACACAACAACAUUGUGGUGGAGAGUGAGGAAGAGGAGGAGCUGACACAGACAGAGAUGGAGGAGGAAGAUGAAGGUGGCCAGUUUGAUGUCAUCCCGCUUUACUCAGAGAGGGCCACCGUCUCCAACCUGGGCCCCCCCGGCACAGGUGGGGCCGCAUCGCUCACUGCUGGCCCUCCAAAAGCAAUCCUACUGCUCCUUCUGUUUCUGUCUGCCUCCCUCAUCUGGGGGUAGAACAGAAAACAUACAGAAUUCACACACUCACACGCAUACAAACAAACACACACACCUGCACACGCACACAAUCACAUUUAAUGGACCUUCAAUCCUGGACUGAUGGCUGUGAAAUUGUUGAAAGCAUAGUGAAGAAAUGGACUUCGCAUUUUGUCAGUAGCAUCCCAUUGAUUCCUCUCUUCUGUCCUUCCCUUCCCUCUAUUAAAAAUGGCACUUUGUUCAACAUG